CGGCGGCCGUUCUCCGUAAGAUGGCGGACCGGCGGCGGCAGCGCGCUUCGCAGGACACAGAAGACGAAGAGUCUGGUGCUUCCGGCUCAGACAGCGGCGGUUCCCCGGCGCGGGGUGGCGGGGGCUGCAGUGGUAGCACUGGAGGCGGCGGCAGCGGUUCUCUGCCUUCCCAGCGCGGAGGCCGAGCCGGGGCCCUUCAUCUGCGGCGGAUGGAGAGCGGGGGGGCCAAGAGCGCCGAGGAAUCUGAAUGUGAGAGCGAAGAUGGCAUCGAGGGUGAUGCUGUUCUCUCAGAUUAUGAAAGUGCUGAAGACUCAGAAGGUGAAGAAGGGGAAUACAGUGAAGAGGAAAACUCCAAAGUGGAAUUGAAAUCAGAAGCCAAUGAUGCUGCCAAUUCUUCAGCAAAAGAAGAGAAGGGAGAAGAAAAGCCUGACCCCAAAGGCACUGUGACAGGAGAGAGACAAAGUGGGGAUGGACAGGAGAGCACAGAGCCUGUGGAGAACAAAGUACCUAAGCAUUUGGAUGAUGAUGAAGAUCGAAAGAAUCCAGCAUACAUACCCCGGAAAGGACUCUUCUUUGAGCAUGAUCUUCGAGGGCAAACUCAGGAAGAGGAAGUCAGACCCAAGGGGCGUCAGCGAAAGCUGUGGAAGGAUGAGGGUCGCUGGGAGCAUGACAAGUUCCGGGAAGAUGAACAGGCCCCAAAGUCCCGACAGGAGCUCAUUGCUCUUUAUGGAUAUGACAUUCGUUCAGCUCACAAUUCUGAUGACAUCAAGCCCCGAAGAAUCCGGAAACCAAGGUUUGGGAGUCCUCCACAAAGAGAUCCAAACUGGAUUGGUGAGCGGCCAAACAAGUCCCAUCGCCACCAGGGUCCUGGGGGUACCCUACCCCCAAGGACAUUUAUCAACAGGAAAGCUGCAGGUACUGGCCGCAUGUCUGCUUCCAGGAAUUACUCUCGAUCUGGGGGCUUCAAGGAAGGUCGUUCUGGAUUUAGGCCUAUGGAGGCUGGUGAGCAGCAUGGUGGCCGGUCUGGUGAGACUGUUAAACAUGAGAGUAAUUAUCGGUCACGGCGCCUGGAGCAGACUCCUGUGCGGGAUCCAUCUCCAGAAGCAGAUGCUCAAGUACUUGGCAGUCCUGAGAAGGAAGAGGCAGCCUCAGAGAUAUCAGCUCCUGCUCCUGACACUGCACCACCACCCCCUGACAGGCCUGUUGAGAAGAAAUCCUAUUCCCGGGCAAGAAGAACCAGAAUCAAAGCUGGAGAUGCAGUCAAAGUUGCAGAGGAGGUGCCCCCUCCACCUGAAGGGCUGACCCCUGUACCUCAAGUUCCAGAAACUACACCUCCUCCACCUGCUAAGACUGGGAACUGGGAGGCUCCAGUGGAUUCUACUACAGGUGGACUUGAGCAAGAUGUGGCACAACUAAAUAUAACAGAACAGAAUUGGAAUCCAGGGCAACCUUCAUUCUUGCAACCACGCGAACUUCGGGGUAUGCACAACCAUAUACACAUGGGAGCAGGACCUCCACCACAGUUUAACCGGAUGGAAGAAAUGGGUGUCCAGGGUGGGCGAGCCAAACGCUAUUCAUCUCAGCGGCAGAGACCUGUGCCAGAGCCCCCUGCCCCUCCUGUGCAUAUCAGUAUCAUGGAGGGACAUUACUAUGAUCCACUGCAGUUCCAGGGACCAAUCUAUACCCAUGGUGACAGCCCUGCCCCACUGCCUCCUCAGGGCAUGAUUGUGCAGCCAGAAAUGCACCUUCCCCACCCAGGUUUACAUCCCCAUCAGACACCAGCACCUCUGCCCAAUCCAGGCCUCUAUCCCCCACCAGUGUCCAUGUCUCCAGGACAGCCACCACCCCAGCCAUUGCUUGCUCCUACUUACUUUUCUGCUCCAGGCGUCAUGAACUUUGGUAGUCCCAGUUACCCUUAUGCUCCAGGGGCACUGCCUCCUCCACCACCUCCUCAUCUAUAUCCUAAUACACAGGCCCCAUCACAGGUAUAUGGAGGAGUGACUUACUAUAAUCCUGCCCAGCAACAGGUGCAGCCAAAGCCCUCCCCACCCCGGAGGACUCCUCAGCCAGUCACCAUCAAGCCCCCACCACCCGAGGUUGUAAGCAGGGGUUCCAGUUAGUAUGAGUUUCAGAUUAUUUUAAAUCUAACGAUAUAAAAAACAGUAGAGGUGGAACCCAGGAAAGAAGAGAAAUACAACUGGCUGUCUACUACCAGGAGGGCUUCAAAGAUGAAGGGUGGCUCCUACCAGCAAGCAGCUGAAUAAGGAGGACCCCUGCCUUCCUCUGAGGACAGGCUCUGUUAGAGAAAGAGAGAAACAAGUGGCCUUCCUCCCAUCUCCAUUCUUUGCUUGAGUUAGCUGUGCUCAGAGGAACAGAGAUUCAGACAGCCCAAACUUCUGAGUCUACAUCUAGGAACCCAGGUUUUUGGCUCUUCACUUUGUCCUGGGAAAUUCAAGUGUCUUCUGCUCCCAGGGAAGCUCUUUCCUGUUUAUUUUGUUUUCUGAGAUGUUUUUAAAGCCUGGCUUGCUGUUCUUAAAUUAAUAUUCUCUUCGUUUCUCUCUCUCUCUCUCUCUCUCUCUCUCUCUCUCUCUCUCUCUCUGCCUUUUAAGUGAGAUGAGUUCAUUUUUCUGGUUUGCUAGCUCCUCUGGUUCCCUUUUGGUUCUUCCUUGCAACCCAGAUAAUUGAGAAUUUACCAGUUGGUCUUUUCCCACCAAAUGUACAAAGAGCUGGCCUUUCACUUUUGGUUGGCCUUUGUUAUUAUAUACUUGGAUUCUUUUAACUCCUCUAAGCUCAAAGUUUGUGGUAGGAGCCCUUCUUCUUUACUUCAGUUUUUAGGAGUCUGAGUCUCCAUCAGUCCCUGUACUCUGGUAUGCUUCAUACCUUUACUGAGGGCAGUCUCUGCAUUGGGGAGAGAUGGCAAAUCACGUGUUUUUGCGAGAAAGGGAGGGUGGAGUGGGAGCCUUUGCACCUUAGGGAUAUAUAUAUAUAUUCAUACAGUUCUCAGGGCUCAGUCUUUGAGGUAAGUGGAAUUAGAGGGCCCUGCUUUUCUUAUUUCCAUCCCUCCUAUUGCACCCCUUUUCCAGUUACUGUGGACCAAUGCAUCUCUCUAGAGGCAAGUACUAUCCAAUAAGCAGUCUGCCUUGUCCUUGAUAAUUGCUCUUCUUCAUGUAUUUUCUGCUACAAGUGUUUUAGAUGUUACUACCUUAUUUUCCUCAAGUUCUUCUCCUGUCCUUGCAAGCAGAAGACACCGCACCUGGGCUUAAGGCCUAAGGAAGCCAGUCACUUUUGCGGCAAGGGCUCCUUUCUUCCCUAUCCAUUGGCGCUGAACCACUCUCCUGUUGCCUCUGUGGAAGAGAUUCCUGUUAUUGCAGCACUUGUGUCUGCCAGGGGUAACUUGACCACUGUCUCUGUCCUUCUACAGAACCCGAGGGAGAAGGUGGCAGCUUUAUCUCUCCCCAAGUAAUAUCACUAUUUCUAUUCUCUUAAGCAGCUGGCCUGACCACUCUGAGUCACAGGUGUAUGGGGAGGGAGAAGAGGCACUUAAGCUGUAACCCUAAAGGAGGAAAUAACUAGGAGAUUCUUCCAGGGGUAGCUGGUGAUGUGCCUUUGGUAGGCUGUUUCCUUUGCCAGGCUGUUCCCUUUGCCUUAAACCUGAAGAUGUCUCCUCAAGCCCUUGGGCAGCAUGCCCAGAUUCCCAGACCUUAAGACACUGUGACUGUCGUCUCUGUUGGUCCACUGUGUUUCAUUGCAAGAAUUUCUCCAUGUGUGUUGUUACUAUUUUAAAGGGUACACUUUUGUGAUCGGUAUUGUGAC